CCAUUUCUCUCCGUCCCCGCUGUGGCUCGCGCUUGUUUCUGUUUCGAUUGGUGUUCGUGUGUGGUUGUUUUGGUUUGAGCCGUAUCUAUUCGUUUGUUGCUUUUGUUAAUUCGGGUAGCAAUUUGAGUGGUGGAAAUGGAAGGGCUCACUCUCACCGGAGUGCUGAGGAAUGCCGCCGUAGAGUUCCCCUCCCGGCGCGCCAUCUCCGUCCCCGGCCGACUCGAUCUCUCCCACGAACGCCUCCACCAACUCGUGGAUGACGCCGCCGCCCGCCUUGCCGCCGCCGGCGUCAGCCCCGGCGACGUGAUCGCCCUCGCUUUCCCCAACACCGUCGAGCUUGUGAUCGUGUUUCUGGCGGUGAUUCGCGCCCGGGCCGUGGUGGCGCCGCUCAACUCCGCUUACACCGAGGAUGAGUUCGUGUUCUACCUCUCCGACUUGGAGACAAAGCUGCUGGUGACCAACGCCGAGGGCAACGCGGCCGCGGAGGCCGCCGCUGCCCAGCUUGGAAUCCCCCGCGCCGCUGCAUCACUCCGCGACUCGUCCGGUACGCUCGAACUCUCACUCCCAGAUGGCGCGACGACGGCCGACGUCGCCGUCACCCCGCUCGCUGGGCGCGUUAACGACCCCUCUGACGUCGCGCUGUUCCUGCACACCUCCGGCACGACUAGCCGACCCAAGGGCGUCCCUCUGACCCAGCUCAACCUCGCGGCGUCUGUCACGAAUAUCCGGUCAGCGUACCGGCUCACCGAGUCCGACUCGACCGUGAUCGUUCUCCCCCUGUUCCAUGUUCACGGCCUGGUGGCGGCACUUCUGUCCUCCCUCUCCGCCGGCGCCUCCGUGGCCCUCCCAGCCGCCGGCCGCUUCUCGGCCUCCACCUUCUGGGCCGACAUGCGUGCCUCCGGCGCCACGUGGUACACUGCGGUGCCCACCAUCCACCAAAUCCUCCUUGACCGCCACGCCAGCCGGCCCGAGCCGGUCUACCCGAAGCUCCGCUUCAUCCGGAGCUGCAGUGCCUCGCUGGCGCCGGUGAUCCUGGAGCACCUCGAGGCGGCCUUCGGUGCGCCGGUGUUGGAGGCGUACGCGAUGACAGAGGCGGCCCACCAGAUGGCGUCAAACCCGCUCCCGGAUGACGGGCCCCGGAAGCCGGGCGCCGUGGGGCGUCCGACUGGGCUGGAGAUGGCGAUCCUCGACGAGGAGGGCGCUCGCCGCCCGCCGAACGUGCCCGGGGAGGUGUGCAUACGGGGCCCCAACGUGACCAAGGGUUACAAGAACAACCCAGAGGCUAACAAGGCGGCUUUCGCCUUCGGUUGGUUCCACACCGGCGACGUCGGCUUCCUCGACGCCGACGGCUACCUCCACCUCGUCGGCCGCAUCAAGGAACUCAUCAACCGCGGAGGCGAGAAGAUAUCGCCCAUCGAAGUGGACGCGGUGCUGUUGGACCACCCGGACAUCGCGCAAGGGGUGGCGUUCGGCGUGCCGGACGACAAGUACGGAGAGGAGAUCAAUUGCGCGGUGAUACCGAGGGAAGGGGCGGAGGUGGACGAGGCAGAGGUGGUGAGACAUUGCCGGAAGAACCUGGCAGCGUUCAAGGUGCCGAAGCGGGUGUUCAUCACGGACUCGCUGCCGAAGACCGCCACCGGGAAGAUCCAACGGCGGAUCGUGGCCGAGUUCUUCGUGCCUCCGGCCAAGGCACCAAGGGCCGGCGCUUAAAACCCUCGCCAAUAACAUACGGCUAUCAACAACCAUGAAGCAUAAAAAAUAAUUAAUUAAUUAAUUAACUAUUAUAAUAAAAAAAAGAGGAGAAGAAAACGAAGGAGAUUAAGGAGUCUUCUUUGUAUUUUAUUUUUAAUCAUACUUUUCAAAUAUAGCUUAUUUAUUUAUGAA